AUGACGGGAGUAAGGAGAGCCAUCAGAUUAAGGAAGUUAUCUUUGAAGUUUCAUGGUUUGUUUCAAGUUAUCAAGAGAAUUUGGUCGGUAGCAUAUGAGAUCGCACUACCUCCUCAGCUGACUAAUUUACAUAACGUAUUUCACGUCUCUCAAUUGAGGAAGUAUGUGUCGAGCCCUGAUCAUGUGCUCAAGAUGGAUGAUGUUCAAGUCAGAGAGGAUCUGACGUUGGAUGCAAAACCAGUGCGAAUUUUAGAUGUUCAAGAGAAGAAACUAAGAGGGAAGGAGAUUCGCACAGUAAAAGUAUUAUGGAAUGAGAAGACCCAGGAGAUGACUUAG